AUGAAAAGGUUAAUAAAUGCCUUAUUGCCCUACUAUGUCCAUACAAAUAUAUUAACACCAAAUUUGAGUUUCAAAAAGAAAGCUGAUUUUUUUUUUUUUUAUUUAGAUCGAUAUAUUUAUUCACCAAUAUUUCAUAAGUUAUGUGGAAAUAAAACUGAAAAUGAAAAAAAUGAAUUAAAAAAAGAAUUUACAAAAAAAUUGACACAAAAAUUUGGUGUAAACUUUGGUAUAUAUUCAAAGGAUAACUACAAUGGCAAUACUACCAAAUGUCAUGUAAAUAAAAAUGAAGAAAUAGAGGUCGCUGCUUUAUGGCCUAAUCAAAUAUAUCAUGUUAAUCCGCUAAAUGUAAAAAAUGAAAUAAAAGACAAAAAAUUUAAUAUUGUUUAUAUUGGGCAUAUGAGUAUAUUAGUACAAAUGCAAAACUUCAACAUAUUAAUAGAUCCUGUUUUAUCGAAGAGAAUAGGGUUAUAUAAUAUGUUAGGUGUAAAAAGAAUUAUAAAACCAGGUUUAUAUUUAGAAAAUAUUCCAAGUAUCGAUUUUAUAUUAUUAAGCAAUAAUAGAUAUGAUACUAUGGAUUUAGAAACCUUAAGACGGAUUAUAUUAAGAGAUAAUAGUAUUAUUAUUGGGGGGAUGAAUAUAAGACGUUAUAUGUUAAAAAGUAAAUAUCCAGUUGUUUAUCCAUUAAAUUGGUUUAAUAAAUUACAAUUUGAAAAUCUAGCUUUUUAUUAUUUACCUACUGUAACAAAUAGUCAUAGAUAUUUUUGUGAUAAAAAUGUAUAUCUUCCUGGCUCAUUUUUUAUACAUGAUAAAUUACAUAAUACCUCCAUUUUUUAUAGUGGACAUUCUGCUUAUUCAAAUCAUUUUAAACAGAUUAAAAAUUAUAUUAAAACUAUUAUUAAAAAUAACCAAAUAGAUCUAUCAAUUUUACCUAUUGGAAUUUAUAAGCCUCGUGAAUUAUAUGCUCAUUUUCAUAUGUCCCCUUCAGAAGCUUUGCAAAGCCACUUAGAUUUAAAUAGUAAAAUGUCUUUAUGUGUUGGGACGGAUGUUUUUUGUUUAGGAGGUGAAAAAUAUAAAGAAGCAAUAAAUGAACUAAAAAAUUCGGUAAGUGAUUAUGAAAAAAAGGAGAAUAAAAAAGUUAAUCUUAUUACUUUGGAACCUGGUCAAAAUAUCAUGCUAUAA